GACUUUCCCCUUGUGUAUAUUUUUUACUCUGUCUGAGCUUGUUUAACUGUCAGCAGCAGGUCAUUAUCAUCAGGUCUGAACCUGGAUUAAUCCCAUCCCACUACUUAAUCUGGACAUCUGCUGGACGGUCCUGAAACACACCUUACCUUUUCAAUCUACCUCCUUCCUAACGCGUGCUGUUUCAGCAUGCAGCCUCUCAGGACACUGGGCUCUCUCAUUCUCAUGAUAUACUUGUGUGAUGCAGAUGGUACAUGCCCUCUCACCCUGACACCUCCUGUGGUUAUAGGAGAGCAUGGAGAAUCAGUGAUGGUAAACUGCAGCAGCACGCUGUUGGAUCAUGAGGGGCUGUACUGGAAAAUAAGAAACAUAGUCUCAGACUUAGAAGAGGACGAGAAUGUCAUCUCUGAGUCGUUGGAACUUGCAGACUGGAAUAUGACAGCUGAGUGCAAAAUAAAGCUGACUAAGACUGCAGAGUGCAGCAAAGACCUGGAAAUCAUUGUGUACAAGAACCCAGACUUGUACAUUUUUCCUACAAGCUACACUGAUUUGGAGGAGGGGAUGCAGUACGAGCUACAGUGUGAUAUCAUUGAGGUUGCUCCAGUUCAAAACCUCACUGUGAGAUGGUACAAAGGCAAACAAAUCAUCAAGACAGAAACCUUCACCGACGCAACCAAAAGACCGGUAGAGGUAUCUUCUAUGCUGAUGUUCAACCUCAGCAGAGGGGACCAUGGGGCUGAGUUCUGGUGUGAGGCUCAGCUAGACUUUGGGCUACAAGGAGUAACAAAUCCUGUUAACUCAAAAGUGCAUCGUGUUUCUGUUCUGUAUGCCCCAAAAUUCAAGAGCAACAAAGUAAUUGAUAACUACUAUUUGGAAGAGGGUUCAAAUGUCAGCCUGAGCUGUGAAGCUGAGGGGAACCCUCCUCCUGUCUUCAGCUGGACUCGUGAUGGGGUGAAUUUACUUGAGAAGACAAGUCAUCUGAACCUCACCCUAGAAGACAGCGCAAUCUACAACUGCACAGCCUCCAAUCAACUGGGAAACAUAACUAAGCAAACCAGUGUUCAAGUGUUCAAAAUUGCUAAGAUUGACGCUCUUGUAGGCAUGACCACACCUGAGGCAUCAACACCAACGUACCAGAAAGCAUUAACUUCAGACAUUCCUCAGACAUCAGCACCAACUUUUUCUGAGACAGCAGCACCGACCAGCGUGGAUGUUUCAACACAAGAAGGUUGUCCUCUUAUGCUGACACCUUCUGAAAUUGUGGUGAAAUUUGGAGACCCAGCAUCAGUAAACUGCAGCACAUCAGCUCCAGAUGCUUUCUUAAUUGGCUGGGAGUCUGCAAUUGGAGGCACAGGAGUUCAGAAGCCUCCUGCAGUCACCUGGAUGGCUAAAAAGUUGGAUCAGUGGGACAUUGAACCUAAGUGCUUUCUUACCAAACAAAACAAUGAACAGUGCAUUGUGAUGCCAGUCGUUACUCUUUACAAAACUCCAGACUUUGUGUCAGUCUCUGAAAUGGGUCCAGGCCCAAUGGUAGAAGGGAAAAACUUCCUGCUGACUUGUCAUGUCAUCAAUGUGGCUCCUGUGCGUAACCUCAAACUGAUGUGGUACCAAGGCAAUAAAGCUGUGCACAUGCAAACAUUUAACAACACCGGUGUGACCCCAGUCAAUGUGUCCUCCGACCUGAAAAUCAUCCCAAAGAGAGAAUAUAAUGGAGUGGCUUUCAUAUGCCAGGCUGAGCUUCAUCUAGGGCCAAGUGGUCCAGAGGCAGUUCCUACUGUGACCUCAUCACCAUACAUAGCUGAUGUGCUUUAUCCUCCACUUUUCAAGGAGGAAAGUGACCAUGUGGAGGUGACAUCAGGUGAAAGUGUGACCCUUAACUGCAGUGCUAAGGGUAAUCCAUCACCUAAGAUCCAUUGGAAGUACCCUCGUGCAGCAAAUGUGAAGGAGAUCACUAGAGGGCGCCAGAGGGAUAUCAUCAUCACAGAAGCCACGUCUACCAAUGCUGGUGUUUACAUCUGUAAUGCCACGAAUGAUGCUGGGACUGUGACAAGAUCUGUCACAGUGACAAUGAGAAGUAAAACAGCUGCAGGCUUCCCAUUGUUCAUAUGGGUUUUGCUCAUUCCCCUUGUGGUCCUCACCCUCAUCAUCAUCAUCAUUAUUUUCCGCAAACAACAAAAAAAAAAUGGACAAUAUAGUUUUGUUUCAAGCCAAGGAACAGACAAUAUCCCAAUGACCAAUAAGCCUGAAGCUUAGGAUAUUUAUUACCCUCGGGAUAUCAGUCUGGGAGUUCAUAUCUUAAGAAAUCAUGUUGUGUUAUCAGCAUGGCAAGAACUGCCUGUAUAUUUUGUCAUUUUUUGACAUUGUUUACACUGAUGAGUACAUAUUUUGAUUUUUUAAAAUAAGCUCAAGGAGGAGAGUUAUCCAUCUAAAAGAAGCACCAGCAGUACAGGUGAAUUGUAACAAUUUAUUUGUCGUUCUCUGAGGUGUAAUAUAUACAUUUUUUAUGUUUUUUUUUAAUGAAUAAGAACUUUCAACAUGUUAUGCUUUGUCUGUCUAAAAAGUCUUCACUGAUCAGCCGUGGUUCAACAUAUUAUGUACUCCAUUUGUCUUUUUCUGAGUUUGUGUAUUAAUAUAAUUCAGGUAUGCACAAUGUUACUCACCUCUAAAUUUUGGCCAUAGAUACUAAUGUAAAUAAGUACUAACUUUCUAAUAUGUACAUUUCUUUGUUCAUCCUCAGUCUUUAAACUUAAAGGUGGGCUUUAAUGACUCAAGUAUGUUUUCUUUGUUCAUCUGUAUAAAGUUUGUUCAAAAAACUGAAGUUUUAGGUCUGAAAUCCAAUUUAAAUAUCAGUAUCUAUAUCCUUAUCGCCUAAAAUUAAUCUGUAAAUUUGACCCCCCCCCCAAAAAAAAAAAAAAUCAAAUAUUGCGCAUCCCUAAUAUGUAUGCCAACAAAAACAAUCUUGCUUAUGCUUAAUAAAGUGAAAAAG